GUGAACUUGGUCCUCAUCACCUUGACAGGCGGAGUUCUCUACACCGGAGCUGCCGUCGCCACGCCGGCGGCUUUCUUCGAGAGGAAGUGCUCUUUGCUGGACGUGCUGCGUUGCUUGGUGUUAUCCUGGGUGGGUAAUCUACUGGGCUCCUUGCUCUUCGCAGGCUUCAUCCUUUGGUGCGAUUUGCUUGACGACCGAUCCCAAGCCAGCUUCCUGUCCAUUGCCGAGAAAAAGACCAGCGCAAGGUUUGAUGUGACCUUCGCUCGAGGUAUCGGCUGCAACUGGAUGGUCAGCAUGGCCGUGCUCCUCUCUGGGCAGGCUCAAGACAUGUUUGGGAAGGUAGUGGCCAUCUAUCUCCCCAUCUCGACCUUUGUGAUGUUGGGAUUCGAGCACACCCCUGCCAAUUUCUACCUACUAGGAAUGACGGUGGAGGCUGGAGACAUGUCUUUCCUUGAUAUCCUCCUCAAGAACUUGUUGCCAACUACCCUGGGCAACCUGGUUGCUGGUGCUCUGGUGGUCGCUGGGAGCUACUCGUACUUCUUCGGCAACUUGGGGAACGCCACCAUCAGCGAAGAUACAGAGCCUUUCCGCCGCUUGCAGGCUCAGAGGUCCAUGGGCAUCGAGUCCGACAUUGAAGACCCAGAGACUUAG